UUUUGGAAUGGUCACGUUCAGGUUCUAGUGAUUUAAUGUUAGCUGGAUGCCACGAUGGAACAGUUGCUCUAUGGAAGUUCUCUUCUCACUGCCCUUCUCAAGAGACAAGGCCUUUGCUCUGUUUCACUGCUGAUGACGGUCCCAUAAGAUCUCUUGCUUGGGCGCCAGAAGAAAGUGAUCCUGAGAGCUCAAAUCUAGUAGUAACCACCGGACCAGAAGGCCUCAAGUUUUGGGAUGUACGUGAUCCACAUCGUCCUUUGUGGGAGCCUUACCCUGUGCAGAGAGCCAUAUUGAGUUUGGAAUGGAUGAAAGACCCCUGGUGUGUUAUUAUCUCACUCGAUGAUGGCACGUUGAGGACCUUCAGCUUGUGGGAUUUGGCAAAUGAUGGUCCAGUGAUUGGAAAACCUUCUGAUGGCAUGAAGCAGCCUGCAUGGCAUAGUUACUUUUGUUCAUCAUUUGCCCUUUGGAGCAUCCAAGUGUCACGUUCAACAGGUCUAGCUGCUUAUUGCGGCGCAGAGGGUUCCACGUAUUAUUUUAAGCUUACAGUUAAUUCUCUGAAGGAUCCUCGGAAUCGUCUCCCACACAUUUUAUGUGGUUCACUUUCAAAAGAUGGUGAAACAGUGAAGAUAAGCACCCCAUUGCUCAACACUCCAUCUCUAGUGACAAAGCACAUGAGCACCUGCACAGUGACCUCCCAAGCUCUUAUUCCCUAUACUGCAGCUGCAAAUCAUGCUACUGGACCAAAAGACUUAAAAUCUUCACUUCCAGGAAAUAGGAUCUUCUUUUUUCCUGAGAUGAAGAAGCCAAAAUCAAAGCUGAAAAAUGUAGAGGAUAUAUCAAAACAGUUAGUUCAGAGGAGUGAACAUGGAUGUAGAGAAGCAGAAUCAGAGUUUUUGGAUUUUCCUUCCAAAAUUUUGGCUAUGCACAGAGUAAGAUGGAACAUGAACAAAGGAAGUGAGAGAUGGCUUUGCUAUGGUGGCGCUGCUGGUGUUGUACGCUGUCAGGAAAUUUCUUGAGUAAAACCAGCAACAACAUUAAUGGUAUUAUAGCAUGCGGCUUCCUGCUAGACGACUGGAUCUAUUGCGCAAAGUCCCUCUUUCUUCCCUUGUGCAAAAUGUAAUAUUAUAGUGUAACCACUGGUGUAUUUAUAAUGUUUAAUGCAGUAUAUAAGAUAAACAGUAAUUCUUCUUGAGUUA